GCAUUCGUGAUGUUUUAGUGUUUUUUUCGUAGCCUUCUGGGAAGCAACUCUAGAUUUAGAAGACAAUAAGGAGAAUAUUCCAAGGUUGUGACAAUCGGCCAGCAAAAGCAAGUAAUCUUAGUCUCAUUUUGUACAAGUUAGUCCGUCUACAAACGUUAAGUUUUUUGCUACGUCUUACGAUGCGAGAGCGGCCACGUUUGUGGCUCAAAAACUUUCCCCAGUGCCCCACCCCUUUGCGUUCGAGCUUUUUCAAAUGCCUUUUUGCUUGCAAUCUUGACGAACUCAAGACACAAAUAUCGAUGAUGCGUCAGGCAAAGGUUUUAAACUUCUAAAUCCAAAAUUCUGCCUAGUAAUCCCUUCCAGUUCAAUGCCUAAUUAUCCUAAAUUGUUUCAAGGACAGACCAGUAAUUCCUGAAAAAGAAAAAUGUCCGUGAGGACACUGAGUUCUAAUCUCGCCUUUCUCGUGUCCAGUGCUUUCUCAGCAUUCAAUAACCCAAUUGGCGGAAGCACGUGUAUUAGCCUCAUCUCGAUGUCUUCCGAUGAUUCCCUGAAUACUUCCGGUGUACCAUAUUAGGUCAAGAUCGUAGUGUUUGGAUCCGCGGUAUAUAUUAGACAGGCGCAAUGAAAUUUUCUUAGCGGAUGUUGCUCGCGGAUGGAGUAGGAGUUUAUUAGGUUUCGGGAAAAGAAAAUGCGAUGGCCAUUGUUUUAGAACCGAAAACUUCGUACAACCUCAUAUCCCGAACGGAGUCAAGCAAUAACAAGCUUCUAGUACACGUGAAAUUAACGGAUUCUUGUUUACGAGCGCUUGAAGAGUAUCAACUUGUUGAGGUAUCGUCAAGACGGAAGCCAAGUAUUAAAUUUUCAGGAUUACAAGGGUCAAUAUCAAUACCACUAAGAAAAGCUGAUUCAGGAGAUGACAACACAGCACAGUUUCAGCUGGAUUGCUCCGCAAUUCAGUCUGGUGGACGGCAAGGUGUUAUGGACUGUAUUCAGCAGCCUGGAGGCAGCAGCGACAUCAGAACUGUUGGAACAAUCACUCAUAAAAUCAAUGUCAAAGCUACCGACGACAGUUAUCAGAUGACUCAACAAAGGAUGAAAGAGGCAGAGGAAGAAAGAAAGGGAGUUAGCACAAAAGUGUUAAAUACAGCCCCUAAGAAAGGAAGUAAAAAAAUUUUCAAAAAGCAUGACAGUGUAUUGGCUCAAAUUAGAUCUGGUUCAAGGGCCAAGGUUUCCAGUGGACCAAGCAAAACUCUCAGGGACAGGGUGAUACAUUUGUUAGCAGUUAAACCUUUCAAGAAACCAGAAUUGAUAUCUAAGCUUACUAAAGAUGGAGUAAGUUUAAAGGACCGGAAUUCAUUGACAUCAAUAUUACAACAGGUUGCUGUUAUGACAGAUAAUCAAUACAGAUUGUUAAAACAUUUGUAUUCAGAGGUUCAGGUUGAAACAUGGCCAAACUACAGUGAAGCUGAAAAACAACUUGUGCGCAGGAAAAAGAAGUCGGAAAUGAAUGAUAGCUCUUUAGUGACGUCGUCGUCAUCAUCUCCACCUAAAAGUAUUGAGGCAACUAAGCAAAAAAACAAAAGAAUUUGUCCCAGUGAAGCUGAAAGAUCUUCCAAGAGACAGCGCAUUUCUCAUAUCAAAAACAACAACAAUAUAAUCAAAGAUCCUGACCAGAAAAGUCCCAAUAGUGCCGAUAAAUCUAAAUUGUCAAAGACAAGCUUAACUGAAAGUACAGAACCUGUCUCAUUACCGGACAGACAAGUUGUGGAAUCCAGUACAACAGAAAAAUCAUUAAACGGUGUAAAUGGUUUGGACUCUCCUGAAUUUAUGAGAAAGUACAAGCCAAUUACAAGUUACGAACAGCGUUGCUUGUACAAGAAGGAUUUCCAAGAGGAGUAUGAAGAGUACAUAGGUCUGAAAGAGAAAACAGAACCUAUCUCCAUAAAGUUUACAGACCUUCAAAGCAAACGACUUCAGUUUCCUGAAAAAAGCACAGAAAGACAGGCCAUAGACAAAGAAAUUCAAGAGCUUUAUGUCAAGGUUAAGAAGGAUCCUUUGUGGCAACAGACGAAGGCACGAUGUCUCGAGCUACAUACUAAACUGUCUUACAUCAAAGGACUCAUCACCGCUUAUGACAAAAGCGCUGCAAACACGUGAUAAUCGCCUGACUAUCACGUGAACAGAGAACCAUUCUCGCGCGCGCGUUGCUAUGUCGUCCCUCCAGCAUGUUGGUUGAAAACUAAGUAAGCUAGCAAAUUGAAUGGGACAAGCCAAAUGCUAUCGUUGUUUGCCUGUUUUUGGGAAAGGAGGAAGUGGUUAGAGAAGAAUUCUCCGAGAUUCGUCCUGUGUGGAAACUCGUGGGCAAUUUUAAAAUCUCCAAUCACGAGGAAUAAAACAAACUACCGUAACAUAAAUUAAAUAUUGCCCUGUAUAUUGCCACAAUUGCGGGCUAGAUAAUAUUGCAAAUUUCUCUAUUUGAUAAGUUAAACUUACUAAAUUACUUAGUUGAGUUACUAUUCCAUUAUUAGACUUCCAUGUGUCGUGGAAUUAAAUUCUGCUGUCUGUCACCUUUUACUGACUUUUUUCUUGCUAAAGGCUUUCAGAAGCUUAUUAAUGAACGAAAUAAAACUCUAGAAUUGACCUCA